AGAAAAAGAAAACGCUUCUCUUCAUAAUCUGAAAAGCCAAAUAAUAGCUGAAAAAAAUCUUCGAAGGGUCAGAUUUUUUUAAUAAUAGUGAAUCUGUGGUAGAUGAAUAGAGUGAUUAGUCAGUUUUCCGGUAAGUUGAUGAAGGACAAGUGUGUUACCGGAAGUAGCGGCGGCGAUACCACGACUUUCCGAUCUGCUGUUAAAGAUUCUGCGUCGCCGCAGAGUUCAAUCGCAUCGCCGUCUUCAUCUGUGCGGAGGCUCAGAGGGGAUCUGGAAUCGAGCAGAUUUGGUGUGGCGGCGAGCGAGAGGGUGAGGCAGGCGGAGGAGUCUCUGAGGACGGUUAUGUUUCUGAGCUGUUGGGGAUCUUGUUAGAUCUGGUGGAGUAGGAAAACGUCGAAAUCAAUACAUUUCGCUUUGUGCUUUGAUUUUGAGUUUUCUUUGUGAAUAUUUUUCUUUUUUGUGAAGUUGUUAUGUAUUUUUUUCAUCUUUGUAGUUGUUUGAGUUUCUGUAAAUCAGUGUACAAUAAUGAAAAGUUGCCUUGAAGAAAGUGGUUUUGUAUUUCACCAAAUCACUUUUCACAAGUUCUCAUCAAGUUCUCACCAAAUCAGUUUAUGAUGUGUUGUAACUAUAGUUGGUAGAGAGUAUAAAAUAUCUUUGCUCAGAAGUAAAU